UACUAAGCCAUGUUGAUUGUUGAAAUCUUCGCAAUGCAGAGGAAGUGAGAGGAAGAACCAGAAGCAAAAGCAAUCCGUACAUUUUUCUUGCAAUCCUUUAGCUUUUUUGUUCUUUAUUCACAAUGAGUGGUGGUACUCCAUAUAUAGGAAGUACUAUCAGUCUUGUUUCCAAAGCAGAGAUAAGGUACGAAGGUAUUUUGUGGUCUAUCGACACGAAAGAUUCUACUGUUACCUUGGCGAAUGUACGCUCUUACGGUACUGAAGAUAGAGCGGUUGAGAAACGAGUUGGUCCACGAAGUGAAGUCUAUGAAUACAUUGUAUUUCGUGGCAGUGAUAUUAAAGAUUUGCAUGUAUCAAAAGCUCCAAAACCUAUAAACACUGUCAAUCAAGACCCAUGUAUCCUCCAGCAAGGUGCUGUUGGCUCUGGGCUUGCUCCUACUCAUUAUACCAAUGCAACCCCUUAUGUACCACCGGGGUAUGGCAACUUUUCACAUCCCUAUGGGUACAGUAAUCCUGCUGGUUAUUCACCAGUGCCCCAACCAGGUAUUAACCCUGGACGUACUGUCUCACCCAUGACAGUGCCACUUGUACAAAGCCGUACCCCAUCUCCACCUGUGAGUGUUGCACCAAUUGGGUCAGUUAUUCCUACAAAAACUCAUGAGAGUGAAACACAGACACCUUUACCACCAAGUCAAAAGUCCACUCAAACUAACAAGCCUAGAAGAAGAUCUGGUUCACGUAAAAACUCUUUGGAAAACAACCAAAUUGCGCCCAGUAAAGAAACUGAAAAAAGGAAUAGCCAAGAAAUCUCAAAAAAUCCAAACUCUAAUGAUGAUCAAGCAAAACGUGCUUCUAACAACCAAAAAGUUGUCCCUCAACAAAAAACAGGCAAUAACAAAAAGGGAAAACCAACUAAAUUCACUGGCGAAUUUGACUUUGAAAGCUCCAAUGCCAGAUUUGAUAAGGAAAAGGUUGAAUCUGAACUGAAAUCAGAACUUGAAAAAAUGAAAACUUCUUAUCAAGACGAGGAGGUUAUAAUAGAGAAUGAAGUUGAGGUUGAAAGUCCAGUCGGCGAUGGUAUCUAUUAUGACAAAUCAAAGUCAUUCUUUGAUUUUAUUUCAAGUGAUCCUUUGCCAGCAGAUUCAACCAGGAGAUCAAGUUCGUGGCAGCAAGAAAAAAAAUUAAAUGUGGAAACAUUUGGUGUAAGUGGAUCAUAUAGCCGUGGGAACAGACGUGGUCGUGGUUGGAGAGGGAGAGGUCGAGGUAGAGGCCGCGGCAGGGGUAGAGGUAGUUACCAUGGAAAUUACAAUAGGGAAGGUGAAAAUUGGGGAGAACAAAAUAAAAUGGGAAAUCGAGGUACAAGAAGAGGUUUUUUCCGUGGAAAUAGAGGAUUUCGUGGAACUUGGAAGAACAAUCAAACUACUAACAUGAUGAAUGGUGACAGAACUAAAGAAGUUGUAACAUCAAGCUGAUGAUGAAUAGUUAACCAAAUUGCUUGUUGAAUUUUUGUGUCUCUUGGUUUGCGUGCUGCAAGUUUGAUGCGAAUUAUAUUAUCCUAAAGUGAUUAGUUGAUGUGAAGAAGACACGGAAGAAGUGUUGUGUGCAGGCCAAGUAACAUAAUUAUAGUAUAUUUUAAUUGUUGUUAAAAAGUUUAACAUUUGUAAAUAGUGUAUGAAAUGUGCAUUUAAUUAUUGCUUACGGGAUGGUUGUAUAAAUGUAAUUGAAGUGUUAUUGUAUUGCACUUGUUAAUUAAACUAUAUGUUUUUUCA